AUGGAGGAGGAUCCCGGAGGGGCCAUCAUCACCAUGAAGGCCAAGGACCAGAGGGAGAACCUCUCCCCAUCCAGGGAGGAGGCCAUGGAGGAGGAAGCACAAGGGGGGAACCUCUCCUCCUCUUUCUCGGUGGCACCGGAGUGCCAUCGGGAGGGGAAUCAUCAUCCCUCAAUGGAAGCAUCACAGAUGACCACCACCAUCUUCUCUACCAUCGUCAUCAUGCUUCUUUCCUCGGCCAUCGCUGCUCAGAGCAGUGGUGACGUUGGUGGCAAGCCCAAACCGACGGACUUCAUGGUGGGAGCGUGCAAGAACGUUUCGAACUUCUCCCGCGGACACAACGAAGGAGACAAGUACGUGAGCCAAGAAUUUUGCAUCUCGACCCUCCAGUCCGACAACCGAAGCGCCAACGCCAAGAACCUCCACGACCUAGCGCUCAUACCCGUCGACAUCCUCAAGGAGCGCGUUGUCACCGCCGGUGGCAACGUCAAGAAUAUGUUGCAUAACACCAAGAACAGCACAUCGUCGACGGCACGCCAUCUCAGAAUCUGUGAGCUGGACUACGCGGCUACUGCGAGCAUCCUGAACUUCUGCGACGCCUUGAUGAGGAACUACCAGGGUGAAAGAAGCGCGGGCCACGACGAUGACAAGCCGCUAUUCUCCAAGCUGCCCGAAUGUGUGGACAAAGUGUACGAGGUCUCCAGCUACUGCGCAAUUGCGCUUCUUGAUAUGCCGGGGGCGGAGGCGCUGCUCAAGGAAAGCCAUCAACUGGACAUGCUGAUCAAUCUCAGCAUCGCCUUGCUAGCACCAUACAAAGAUCUCGAGUCAUAA